UCUGAUUUGGCGCCAUAAGCGCUUGAUUCACUUCCUGGUUCUGGCGUCAUCAUGUCGUCACUUCCGUGUUAUGAACUUCAGCACAGAUCAGAAUCAGAAUCAGACUGCUGCUCAUGCUCGUUUCCAGCUGUUUCAUUAUAAACACCCGCGAUAUUUGGUUUCUAGCACAGAAUGGCAGUGGACUGGUGGGGCUUCGCCUAUGCUGCAGCUCUGGCUCUGGGCGGCUUUAUGGGCUAUAAAAGAAAAGGAAGUGUGGUGUCAUUAAUUGCUGGACUCUUCUUUGGAAGUGUGUCUGCGUAUGGAGCGUACAGAAUAACAAAUGAUCCACACGAUUACUGGACCUCUCUGAUCGCCGCCGGUGUCCUGACUGUUGUGAUGGGGAUGAGAUUCAGGAAAUCUGGGAAAUUAAUGCCUGCGGGAAUCAUGGCAGGACUGAGCUUCAUGAUGGUUUUGCGAAUUUUGAUCUUCUAAGAGUUCGUGGACACUGAGACGUUUCUCACAACAUCUACUGGACAACGUUCAUUUCACAGCAUCAUCACCAAAUUGUAUCUUGUACAUUCCAAAUAAAUCUGUCCAUUUUAGAGCCUCAGCUUUAAUCUUGUAACAAAAAGGAAGUUUGGUUUGUAAACUAAUUAGCGAUUAACAUCAUCUAAUGGUUUUGAAUUCAUUGUUAAUUCAAAUGAAUGUAAACCCUUCUACUUGAAAAUGUGGCUCAACACCUCCUUCACGGUUUUCACAUACACUUCAUCGGGUGGAGGUUUUCUUGCACUGCCCGGCUGGAGGAACUUGCUGAUUGUUGGCAAGGCCUUCAUUUUCUCCUGAAACGCCUGCAAAACAAAUGAAAGGUUAUACAAGAUUCAAAAUCACAAUGCAUUAUUUUUUAUUAGAUAAAUUACAGAUACAAGUACGUGUACCGCUUUUUUGGAUCACAGGAAUUAUCGCUUUGAAUCAUGGGCUCCUUCACUAAACCACACUACUCUAUAUUACUGUAUAUCUGACAAGCAGUACACUUUAUUGAUUUUAAUCGUAUUUGUACCGUCAGUGAAACUUGACAUGACUCCGUUAUUGCUGUUUUUCAUAUGCCAGUGUUUAAGGAUGUUAUUGUAAUAAACUCUUCAACAUCA